AUGGUGGACCAGGUUGUCCACACUCUCAAAAAGCAAGGUUUGGCCUACCACUCUGUGGUCACACCAAGCCAAGUUUUGUGCCACCCCCACAACAGGGCCAACCAAAUGCUUUCAUGGUUGGACAUGUGGGACAAAGGCCAGAAGAUGAUGGCCAUUGGUAUGAAAAGGCAAUUCCUUGGAGAAUCCAUGGCCAUAGAGAUCCCACCAGACCCUGCCAAGAGGUUUGAGCAGCUGAUGGCCAAUGAGAACCUCAUCAAGGAGGCCAAUGGUGCCAUGGCACCCAUGACAGGUUCUGAGCGUUUCCUCAGCUUGUCCACCAGCCACACCACAGCUUUUCUGAGGGCCAUCAACCAUGGUUGCCUGCCAGAUGAGCAGCCUCCCAUGGAAGUGCGCAAAGAUGAUCCAUGCUGGGACCUCAUCCAGAAUGGGUGGUCAUGGCUCAUUUUGAGCCAUUUGGUGGAAGGCCAAUGGCCCAUGCUACCCACCCUGUUGCAAGGGGCCAUGAACUCUGCCAACUCCAUCUCCAAGGCGCCAAAUGAAUUAGAGCUUGCUGCCCAGCUUGGCCACCUGUUCAGCCUCAAUGUACCACUUCAUGAAGCCAAGGAGAAAGUCCAAGCUGCCAAUACUUGCCAGCCUGAAGUUUUGACCUACCUCAGUCAUUUUGUGAAAACAUUUUCAGGUAGGAAUUUCAACAUCCAGCUCCAAGUUGGCCAAGAUGUUUUGGAAGCAAUGUGCUACACCAACUUCAAGGUCACUGGUGAAAUCUUUCCCAUGCUUCGAGUGGCCAUGUGGUGCACCAUGUUGGGGACAAACAAGCACCAGGACAACAUCCAAAGGAUUCUCACCAAAGCCGAUCUGGACAAGCUGAAGACUGCCAAUGCCAAAGAGAAGGUCAUCACAGCAGAACACCAGCUCCAAGGUGCUUGGCCCAUUGUUGCCAAGAGUACUGUGGAGGACCAGAACCACAGCUAUAAAUGCUUUGGCAGACUGUGCACCAGGACCACCCUGUUUUUGGUUGGCAAACAAAAGCACAGCAGGGAAUCCAAGUCCUAUGAGGAUUUGGGCCAAAUCUUGGAAGCCUUUACCCAAGAGAUGGCCAAAACUCACACAUGUGAAGCCAAGGAAGAGCUUGAAAGCCAGACACCUCAAGAUGUGCUGAGUGCCAGUGCACAGGACAUGGCUUUGAUUCAGAACCCUCACAUGAAGCCAGGUGAAGUGCACCUGGACUUGUGCAAUGUAAGCUUUUGGUACAAUUGCCAGAAGGACCAUCCUGGUUUGGUCUUUGAGUUCACCAAUGUCAAGGACAAUGCCAUCACAAUGGUGCACAGGCCACAUCUAGGACCAUUGCUCAGCAUUGAUGUUCCAUUUGAUGAUCUUCCAAAGUGGAAGGUGUCCAAAGCAAAGAUGCCACAGAUUUGCCCAGCAGAGACUGCUGCUUCUUUGCUGCCCCACAAGGUACCCAUGGCCAAAGAAGAGCUUUCCAAGUUGCAAGCAACCAUGGCUUUGCAUGGAGCAUGUGAAAAGCACCAAGUGGAUCACAACCAGAUUGCUUUUGCUCAGAACCCAAUGGGUCUUUGGACACUCCAAGCAAUCAAAAAGGCUAAACAAUUGAAGUUGGUGCCAUUGGGCUCAUUGGCCAAAUUGAAGGGGAAGGAGCCAAGGGGGUGCAUACUCAUGGAGCAUGGUGGCAUCAAGUGGCAAAUCCACCCUUGGAAGCAAUACCAAGCCUGGGGUGAAGAUGCCAAGAGCCAAGAGACAUUGGUGCCAUUUUGGUGGUGCAAGAGUGGCAGUGAACAAUGCAACAUGGAGAUCCAUUCCAUCACCAUGACAACUAGCAGUGGCAAUGUGAAGAUCCCAGUCCUCACCAACACCGUAGCCAUUGAUGCCAACCAGUUGCUAUUGUACCCAAAGCCUGAAGAUAAUGAGAACAUGGGUGGAGGAGAAAGCUCCCAACCCAAAAAGAAGCUGAAAGCCACAAAGUAG